AUGGACAACGAUGUUCUCCUUCAGGAUUCCUUCAACCUCCUCUCCUUUAUAUCGGUGGUAUUCGUGUCGCUCAGUGCACUCACUGGCGCGUAUUGUGUUCUAUUCUCGUUCGCGGUAUGGUCUACGUAUCGUCAGGCAGGGAAAGCAUAUACGCAGCUCAGAGUGGUCACAAUUGUGUUGUUCGUUGUCAUUUUCCUACACUACAUUGCGCGAGCCGUCGACUUUCACCAACAUCGAUCGUUGCUCAACUCAAACAACGUCCUUAACCCUUGGUCUACCCCUGUCAACUUUAUCUCCAGUUCUACGUCCACGCUCGCCGGUCUUAUCUCGGACGGACUUCUCGCUUGGAGAUUUUAUGUGAUUUUCAAUAGAGCAAGAUGGACACUGUAUGUUCCUUGGCUUGCGAUCCUUUGCAACGCAAUGCUUGGGUUUGCUGCUGACUGUCUCAUUUUUGGGGCUUCCCGUGGCCCGCAGUACGCCGAGCGUUUUGAAAAGCUCCAGCUUCAGCUCGACGCCGUUUGGGGAUGGGCGAUGCUUGUCAUUAACUCGGUGCUCACAGGCCUCAUCAUUUGGCGGAUUACACAUUCAAGCCGAUUGUCUAGAGGCCAGCCGUAUGCGACUGUUAUCGAAGCGAUCAUUGAGUCGGCCUUGGUCACCUGGUUUGGCCUGCUGGUGUAUGGGAUCUCCACAGUGGCACCAACGGGACAUAUCACAACUCAUCUGGACGUUGGAUUCGUCAUGGUCUGCAUACUGCCUAUAUUUUUUGGUAUAUCCCAAUGCCUCAUCACGACACGCCUCGCCCUUGCUGGCCAGUCAAGCACUGUUAGGCAGCCCAUCGUGAGUGGCUACUCAAGCCGGCUACGUACGCGGAACUCGUCUCUCGCGGUGAGGGAGAUCGCAGUAGAGAUGCACUCCGCUGUUGAGGCAAGGACGCGUGAAGGAUCGCUGGUUGACCAAAAGAGCGCCACAGACAUCUGUGACAACGUCUGAAGAGGUGACAUGCGCGUUGAACGAGCUCCGAGUCGUUACGAUAAAUUAUUUCAUUGUUGCCGUAUCUUGUCUUCAUGUACCUUUCUUGUAUCCUCGUGUAACAACUUUUGAUGGCUUUUCUC